AUGCGGUGUUGCACGCGUCGCGUACGCGGCCUUCAGCUUGUGGCCGCGGCACUGCUCGUCUGCAGCGGUGCGAGCGAUGCGAUCGGCCCGGUGCACGACUACGCGCCGACGGGCUUCGCCGCUGACACGCCCAUGCUCCUGCUGUACGGCGGCGUCGGACGUCACAACUUUGGAGACGUGCUGAUGGGCGAGAUGGUGCACGCGCUGGCGUUGUCGCACUGCUCGUACCAGCGGCGGCAAAUCGUGUUUGCCGACGUGAUCGGCCACGACAUGCGCAUUCACGGCGGCAAGAAUGUCUUCUCCCUGAGCACCGUCGCCGCGCGUGUCACACUCGACGUCAUCGCCAUCGGAGGCGAGAUCCUUGGCGUCUCGUACCCCGGAGCCAGGGUGAUGCUCCAGUCGUAUCAGUGGCCUCCCGCCUCAAUCGCAGCCUGGCAAGGAGAGGAGCACGGGCCGGCGGAGCGGGCGAUGCGCCGGGCGGACUCGGUCUACCUGCCGCGCCGUAGCUGGUUCCGCAACCCCGGCGCCAUCGUCAUCAACGCGGCGGGCGGGCGCCGCGUCAGCUCGCAGGACGAGCUGGCGCUCGGCGAGGUUAACUUUACCUCGUUCCGCAAUCGCCUGGGUGCGCGCGGCGUGCUCACGCCCGACUCGGUGACGCUGCUGCCGUGGCUCUUUGGGCGCGAGGUCUUUGACCGCGCCUCCCUCGACGGCCUGCUCGACAAGAAGUACCUCGCGGCGCUGACCUCGAUCGCGAGCGAGCACAACCUCGACGUCGUCCUCUUCCGAGCUGGCGCGGCGGGCGGGCACGACAAGCUGCCGCACUACGCGCGUGUUGCCUCCAAGAUUGCGCUGCUCGACCCGCACGUCACCGUGCAGGCCCGUGCACCCUGGCCGGUUGGAUCCCUCCAAGCCGAUCUCGUCCUCUCCACCUCUCUGCACGCGCGCAUCGUCGCCUUUGCCUUCGCGACGCCGCGGAUGUACCUGUCGCGCCCAACCGUGCAGCGAAAGUACGAUGACUUUGUCGACCUCUGGGACAACGCGCUUCCCGCCACGCUUCGCCACGCCGCUUCGGGGCGAUACGACGAGAGUGGCGCUAGCGCUCCGCCGGUGCCUGGCGGCAUGACGAAUGGCACCUCUGGAGCGCCUCGCCCGAGCAACGCCUCGCUCCUCGCGGCGAGCGCGUCCCUGUCGCUCUCUCCCGGAGCCAUCGAGGCGUUCCGCGACAGCGCACGAGCGAGAGAGGUGGCCGAGAUCUACAUGAACGGCACCUUCGCGCCCUACUCGCAGCUGCUUGCCGUGCCGUGUCUCGGCGGGCACAGCGCCAUCGACUGGCAGGCAGACUAUGCCGCGAGGCUGUGGCGGCGGAAGCGCCGCCUGAGCCGGGGCCUGUGCGCGCCAGUCCCGUGCCUAGUGUAA